AUGAAACCACCCCCUCUUCUGACCUUCUUGUGCCUCCUAGUGGCCCCGGCUGCCGGAAACCUGGUCCAGUUUGGGGUGAUGAUUGAGCGGAUGACGGGCAAGUCGGCACUACAGUACAAUGACUACGGCUGCUACUGCGGUAUCGGGGGCUCCCACUGGCCAGUGGACGCCACAGACUGGUGCUGCCACGCACACGACUGCUGCUAUGGGCGGCUGGAAAAGCUGGGCUGUGAGCCCAAGAUGGAGCGGUACCUCUUCUCUACCAGCAAAUGCAACGUCUUCUGCGGCGGCAAAACUGACUGCCAGCGUCAGACCUGCGAGUGUGACAGGAGGGCUGCUCUCUGCUUCCGCCGCAACCUGGACACCUAUGAUCGCAAAUAUGCCAACUACCCCAACAAGCUGUGCUCUGGGCCCACCCCGCCUGACGAAGGCUGA